AUGGCGCCUCGUGAGAAGCAACGACAGAAAGAGGACGAAAACGAGGCAAAAGAGCCGAAAAAGUUAAACUUCGGAGCGGGGAAAGACCCAAAAUGGUGGGACAUAUCGACGUUUUCGAAAGAUGAUAACAAACACGGAAUGUUAGAAGAAUCGUCGUUUUCUUGCGUCUUCCCGAAGUAUCGAGAGAAAUAUAUUAAGGAAUGCUGGCCCAUCUUUGAAAAGACGGUGAAAGAGCACGAGUUGAGAGCUGAUUUGGAUUUAAUUGAAGGCACAAUGACUGUUCGCACUACAAGAAAAACCUGGGAUCCGUAUGUAAUCAUCAAGGCAAGGGACUUAAUUCGUCUACUAUCACGAAGUGUCCCAAUUGAUAAAGCUAGCAAGGUUCUUGAAGAUGAUAUUACAUGUGAGAUUUUGAAGAUAUCCGGAAUGUGUCACAACAAAGAGCGAUUCGUUAAGAGGCGCGCUCGAUUGGUUGGUAAUGAAGGAGCGACUUUAAAAGCUAUUGAAUUGUUAACCGAAUGCCAUUUGACUGUACAAGGAAGCACUGUUGCUGCUGUUGGACCAUUUCACGGAUUAAAGCAAGUCACCAAUAUUGUCACUGAUUGUAUGGCCAAAAACAUUCAUCCGAUUUUCAACAUCAAAACACUGAUGAUCAAACGAGAAUUGGCCAAAAACGAAAAGCUAAAGGACGAGAAUUGGGAGAGAUUUUUACCCAAGUUCAGAAAAAAGGUUCAAUCAGCGGCCACUACAGCGGAAGCGAAAAAGAAGAAGGCCAAGCAAUGGAAACAGAAAGGAGAAUAUACGCCAUUCCCGCCUACACAACCGCUUAGCAAGGUUGAUAAGCUUCUGGAAACUGGUGAAUAUUUUGCUACCGAAGAGAAACGAUUGAAGGACAAACGGAAAGAAAAAGCCGAAAAGAUGGAGCAACGAACAAAGGAAAGAGUAAAGGAACGAAACGAAACGCUUGUUCCGAAAGAAGAGAAACCCAUUGAGAAGGCUACAAAAAGAAAGGCUGAACAAACGGUGGACAUUGCUGCUUUGAAGAAGAAAACGAAAAAGUUAAAGUCUACU